GGAAUGCCCUGCUAAAGAUGCUGUGUGUCACAACUGUGGCAAAAAGGGACAUUAUGGCAAAGUGUGCAGAAACUGUGCAAAAUCUCUCAAUGCUGUCACUACAGAGGAAGAAGAGAGCUUUUUCCUGGGAGCCGUGGAUGCUGGAAAAGACCCGUGGACGGUGCAGCUACAAGUGAGACAAAAAAAAGUGUGCUUUAAAAUAGACACUGGUGCUGAUGUCACCGCCAUGCCAGCCGAGGUGUACCAUGACAUUACAGGGGGGCAUGAUGUGAAGCGCCUGGCAGUGUCGACACGCCCAUUGUUUGGGCCAGGGGGCAAUGCACUCUCUGUCCUGGGUGUAGCCAGAGAAACACUGCGCAGAGGCAAAAAGACAGCCAUAGAGAACAUUUAUGUAGUAAAAGACCUGCACACUGCACUGUUGGGAAGGCCUGCCAUAGAACGGCUUCAGCUUGUGUGCAGAGUUGACGGCAUCACCGUGGAAUCAGUGAAACAACAAUAUCCGAAGCUGUGUAGCGGCUUGGGUCUUGUUCGGAGGCCAUACUCAAUUAAAUUGAAGCCAGAGGCUGUGCCCUUCUCUCUCCACACGCCACGCAGAGUCCCUCUGCCGCUUAUGGGAAAAGUGAAGGAGGAGAUAGACCGUAUGGAGAAGAUGGGCGUAAUCACCAAGAUUGAGGAGCCGACUGAUUGGUGUGCCGGGAUGGUGGUGGUGCCGAAAAAAACAGGUGAUGUUCGCAUUUGUGUGGACUUCACAAUGAUGAAUGGAUCAGUAUGCAGAGAAAAGUUUAUCCUGCCUUCUGUCGAGCACACUCUGGGCAUGCUAGCUGGCGCAACAGUAUUCAGCAAAUUAGAUGCCAACAUGGGCUUUUGGCAAGUACCAUUGACAAAAGAGUCUGCCAAAUACACCACCUUCAUCACGCCUUUUGGGCGCUACUAUUUUAACCGUCUACCCUUUGGCAUAGCAUCAGCCCCCGAGCACUUUCAAAGGAUGAUGAUGACAGAAGUGACCGGUGGCCUGGAGGGGGUACUGUGUUACAUGGAUGACAUCCUGGUCUGGGGACAGACGCAGGAGGAGCAUGAUGUGCGGCUACAUGCGGUGCUAGAGAAAGCACAUAAGGCCGGCAUUACGCUCAACAUGGACAAAUGUGAGCUCGCACGCCACACAGUCAGAUUCCUGGGUCAUGUGAUUUCAGCAGAUGGAGUGAAGCCAGAUCCAGAGAAGACGAGAGCAGUACAAGAGAUGGAUGCACCCAAAAAUGUCAGCGAACUCAGGAGUUUUCUGGGCAUGGUCAAUCAGCUGGGCCGCUUCUUGCCUAACCUGGCUGAAAAAGACAAAGUGCUACGAGACCUGCUGUCCAAGAAGAACCACUGGUACUGGGGGACAGAGCAGCAGGCCGCCUUUGAUCAGUUAAAAACAGAGCUGUCAUCCACACCAGUGCUCACAUUAUACAACCCAAACAGUGCUCUAAAGAUCUCUGCUGAUGCCUCUUCCUUUGGCCUGGGGGCAGUCCUGCUGCAGAAGAGCGAUGCCAUGUGGUCACCUGUGGCAUAUGCGUCCAGGUCAAUGACACCAACAGAGCAGCGCUAUGCUCAAGUAGAGAAGGAGGCAUUGGCUGCGACGUGGACAUGUGAAAGGUUCAGCUGUUUCAUCCUGGGAAGACCAUUCGAGCUGGAAACUGACCACAAGCCGUUGGUGAGUCUGCUGGGAGGGAAAGCUUUGGAUGACCUCCCACUAAGAGUCCAAAGAUUUAGGAUGAGACUCAUGAGGUACAACUAUACAGUCGAUCAUGUCCCUGGCAAAAGCCUGGGGACAGCCGACACCUUAUCUCAUGCUCCUCUGAGAGCCGCAAGAACACACACAGACACAAGCCUAUUAGAGGACACCAACAUCUAUGUAGACUCUGUCAUCAGCAACAUUCCUGUCAGUGGAGAUUAUCUGAGCAGCCUACGUGAGCACCUGCAGGCAGACAGCACAUGCUCUGCACUGAUGGAGUACUGCACAGAUGGCUGGCCCGACAAAAGCCAACUGCAGGGAGUGCUGAGACAUUACUGGGCUGAUAGAGCAGUGCUGACUGUGCACGAUGGGCUGCUGCUGCGGGGCACGAGGCUCGUCAUCCCAUCAGCCUUACAAGGUGAUGUGCUGCAGAGACUACAUGAGGGACACCUGGGGGUGACAAAGUGCAGGGGCCGGGCCAAACAGACGGUAUGGUGGCCAGGACUCAGCAGCCAGCUAAAUGACAUGGUGCUGAAAUGUAGAACCUGCAUCCAAGAGAGAAGGAACGUCAAAGAGCCGCUGAUGCCAACGGAGAUGCCACACAGGCCUUGGCAAACCUUGGGAGCUGACCUAUUCACGCUGAAAGACAAGACUUAUCUUCUAGUAGUAGAUUAUUUCUCAAGAUAUGUGGAAGUUGCGCUGCUAUCACCCACAAGGUCCACAGAUGUGGUGGUGCACCUGAAAUCCAUGUUUGCUCGUCAUGGAAUUGGUGAAGUUCUUAAAAGUGACAAUGGGCCCCAGUUCUCAGGUAGCCACUUUAAAUCCUUUGCAGCAGAGUAUGGUUUUGUGCACAUCACGAGCAGCCCCAGGUUUCCUCAGAGCAAUGGGGAGGCGGAACGCGCUGUACAAACCGUGAAAAACCUGCUAACAAAGGCGUCAGACCCAUAUCUUGCAUUGCUGGCCUACAGAGCAACCCCUCUACAGAACGGCUAUAGCCCGGCCGAGCUGUUGAUGGGGCGCCGCCUCCGCACUACAGUUCCUGCCCUUCCAACCCUGCUGAAUCCAGUUUUGCCUGACUACAACGCGCUGGGGGCCAAAGAAAGGGAGAAGAGGAGGAACGACGCAAGAUCCUUCGACAAGAGGCACGGAGCGAGAAAUCUGGAGCCACUAGUACCUGGGGAGGAUGUGUGGAUCACCGAUGCACGAGUCCAGGGCAAAGUGCUAUCUACACACAAUACCCCUCGCUCUUAUAUCGUCCAGGUGCCUCAGGGCACACUGAGGAGGAACCGGCAGCACUUGGUGCCGCUGCAGACCAACAGUGGGGUAGUCGACGCUGAUGAGCCACCGGUGGGAGAAGAUUCACCUACACCAGAGCCAGCUCCACCAGAGCCAGCUCCACCAGUGACAACAUCACCCAGCAGAGAGGGCCCCACCACAGAGACUGUGCGGACCAGGUGUGGGAGAGAGGUUAGAAAGCCGAAGAGACUUGAUUUGUGAUUUAUUGAUCUGUUUUCUACAGUAAAGAAAAAGAGAGUGAAAUGUGAUGUGAAAUUGUUCUGUAAACCUGGUACAUUUACCUGAAACCUGAGAGUUUAAGUUUUGAAGAACACAGCCUGCUAAAGUAAUAGUUCACAGUAUGGUAACGCGGAAGUUAUUUUAUUUCUAUUUUGCAUGCUUGAAUCAGGGACAGGUCUUCCAGCAAAAGGGCAGAAUAAACCCCUUAUGACCUGCAGAGACAAAGGUAGUCCACCCUUUCUUCUCAAAGGGAGAUGUGGUAUUAUGGGAAUAAUAGUGUAAGGAAUGCGGUGGCCGGAUGUGACGUGGGAACCCGGGGGAGUGGCAGUUGAGGAGUUGCCCGGGCAUGCACACGAGCAGGCGGCUGCUGUACAGAGUUGCUAAAUAAAGAUAUACUCCGUUUACAUCGUGGUAUGAGCCUUAUUAUACAAAUAACUCGACAAGAAGGAAAUGCAGAUGCUGGUUUAAACCGAAGAGAGACACAGAAUGCUGGAGUAACUCAGCAGGUCAGGCAGCAUCUCUGGAGGGAAGGAAUGGGUGAUGUUUCAGGUCGAGACCCUUCUUCAGACUGAAGGUCUAGUUAAUUGGCUUGGUAUAAGUGUAAAUUGUCCCCAGUGUGUGUAGGAUAGUGUUAAUGCAUCCUGGAGUAAAACCAGUGGCUACUGUAGUAGGUACCAAGCACUGGGUAGAAACAGUGAAAGAUAGUGGCCUUCAAAAAAUGGGGGUGGGUGGAGAAAGCAUCCUGCUUGCCUGCUAGAUUUUUACUUACUGUAACUGCAGGAAAAAUGUUCCCGAUGUUGGGGGAGUUCAGAACCAGGGGUCACAGUGUAAGAAUAAAGGGUAGGCCAGUUAGGACUGAGAUGAGGACAAACUUAAUUAGCCUGAUUUGUAAUUAGUUGACAAAACGUUAAUUUAUUAAUCCAGAUGAGAAUAUCCAGGGGGAUGGGAUAAGUGUAAUAUUUAAAUGACAUGCAAGGUGUCAGGCUGUCUGUCACAACAUACAGCCCCGAUAACCCAUUAUUUCCUUCAGUUAAAUAUUUGGAAGGUAGCACUAUUGUCAUUCAUUUGCCACUCAACUAUUAUGUUAGUUUACCUCACUGACUAUUUCUAACCCCCCCCAAAUUUCUUUGACAGGUUGAAUAGAAAUGUCCCCAAUCUCGUUGUUUUAUUAAUUGAACACGUAGAUGAACAUCCUCAAGAAGUGUAAUCAGGUAGAAACUGCUUCAGAUGCGAUGUUUAAGAGCUUGUUCAGAGAAGGGGCAUAUUUUAAAGGAGUGACAGAGAUACAUGCAGGGGAAUGUGUGAGGAGGUUGUUAUUUGUCUUUAGUUUUAGCUUGAACCAAGACAUCUGAAGAUUCAAAGUUUAAUAUACUAAUUUUGCUGAUACUGACUCCAACCAACGACAUAAUGAAUAUCACCCAUUCCGGAGGUUUUAUUUUUCUGAUGCCAUUUAAACUUAACUUGGAUUUCAAUCACUUCAAUGUAAAAGUAAUUGGGAAUGGGGAGCAUUGGAACAAGAAUUUGCCCUUUGUACAUAUUAACUGUAAUAUAAUAAUGUAUGUAUGUUGGUAGGUGCAAUCAAAACAAAGAUCUUUUUUUAAAUCAUUGUUGUGUUAUGAAUACCACAGAAAAUAUGAUGUACUCUCAAGAUCACAUUACUGAAUGUAUUGAAAAUAUUGGGGGUGAAAAUGAUUUCAGGGCAGUUUGUUGGGAAAAUGAAGGAAAUGGUAACAGAAUACUUAUACAGCUGAGUGAGUAUAAAUUUAUGGAUGAGAAAUUGUGUUCAACCAAUGAUGAUGACUUUGACAAAAUAACUAGCAUGUUAUAUAACAAUGGAAGCCAAUGGAUGUAGCAAAUUUUGUUAUGCAAAAUUUGGUCCGUGAAGUGCCCCAUAGAAAAUUACCACAUUAGAUAAGCACCUGUGGACUUGAACAUAAUAGGUUAAGUCCAGGGGGUCAGAUAUGGGGCUUUAUGUGUGGGCCAGAUAAAUUGUCAGUGUAGAGGAGCUAGGAGCAAGGACAAGUGUGCACCCAGAGUUAAGGACUGGAAUAGUACUAGGUGUGCAGUCCAAGCUGGGACAAUGGGAGUGUUCAGCACUGGGAACCUAAGCAGGUAAGCAGCUAUGAUCAGGGUAGAAUAGGGGGCCAGGUGUAAGGCUGGACUCAGGGUCAGGAAUGAGAGAAGGUAUGCAACUGGAGUCAGGGUCAGGAGUAGUACCAAGUGUGCCGUGAGACCCAGGUUGGUCAACAUGGGCUAAGUGUUUGAUUAUAAUCUGGCUUCCAUACAUGAAUAAACUAAGAUUAUUCAAGUGCUGCACUUGUUGAUCAGAGCCUGGCUCUACUGUGGAAUGUAAUUAGGAAUGUAACAUAGCCUAACCUUAUUCAUAGUUGAUCCAAUUUAAAGCAUAAAUAUUGCAUUCAAGUGUAAGUUAAAAGACUCGCUACUGUAUGCACCAGAUUGCUGGCAGACUUGCCCCUCAACCAAAGGACAGGAUUCCAACCCCAGGGGACUGACGACAUGUGUGGCAAGGCAGUUUUCUUUAAAGAUAGAUUCAAACACUACUGAGUAUGACAUUAUUGAAUGUAUAGACACUGAGAAUCUAUGAAGAGUUUCUGCACAGUUUUUGUAUUGUAUAUAUAUUUUAUUCUGAAUAAAGUUUAUUUUUUGAAAUAAAAAAAUGAUGUCAAAUAUUUAUCUUCAUCUUCUAGAAAGAAGGAAUGAAAUUAGAACCAUCUAAUCAUUUUAAAAGCACAUCCGUGCAGAUGUUGGGUCUGAAAUUCAAGUAAUUAUUUUCCAAAAGUGUAACGGAAACAUGUGUGGUCAUAUAAGGAAGGCAUGAAGUAAACCUCAGGCAGACAUCUGUGCUUUAUGUCAAUUUGC